GGUGCGGUGGCAAGUAUUUUGUCUUUAUUUCCGACUUUCAUGACUUGAGAUCUCGAAUGCUUUCGCAGCUACAAUUAUGACAACAAACGGCGAUGAAAAUAUUGAAAAACAGGCGAUUUUGGAGCGGUUUCGCGACGUAACUUUGACUGACGUCACCACCGCUGUGCAAAUUUUGGAGGCUUCUUGCUGGAACAUGGAAGUUGCACUUGAUAAGUAUUUGUCUGCAAAACCAGAUGACAUGGGGACCACAGGAAACCCAAUUGAGAUCCUAGAUUCACCUGAGAAACCACCCGUUCAGCAAAGUUCAUUGAUGCAGGCAACAUCACAAGACAGUCAAAUAAACACAAGUGACAAUUUAAAGCUAUUGUCAUGGAAUAUUGAUGGUCUUGAUGGAAACCAAAUCAGAGAAAGAACAAGAUAUGUCAUUAGUCUUAUCAAGGAAAGGCAGCCAGAUGUGGUCUUUUUACAAGAGGUUAUUGAUGGAACAUUUCAGAUAUUUGAAAGUCAACUUCAAGAAUACAUGGUUCUUAGAGCUUACACUGGAGUAGCUUACUUCAAUGCAAUGUUGUUACGAAAAGCAACAAUAAAACCAACAACAGAAUUCUAAUGCAAGCUUUUCAUGACAAGUAAAACCUCCUCACUCAACCUGCUCUGCUCUAUGAUAAAAUCAAGUUAGUUUUGAUGACAUCACAUCUUGA